GGACACAAAUGAAAGGAGAACACCAGAUGUGUGCGUAUGUUGUGUCUGCAGUCAUUACGCUGAAGCUGACGACGUGUGGAUGCCGUCGUAUUGGCCGGCGUCUUGGAAUGGGGAGCCGCCGCCGAGCAUCUCCCCGCCGCCCACAAGUGGGGUGGGGGCGGGCAUGUCAAACGAACUCUGAUCAAGCAUGACCAUGAUGCAUACACAUACAAGCCGUGAGUGUGCGUCUGUGUCUGUGUCUGUGGUUUGGCCGUGUGGGGGUGUGUGUUGGCUGCCUGUGGGCCGAACUUGACAUUGCACGACGAUUGCGAGCCAGCUGACGUACACACACGCACAAACACACACAGAGAGAGAGAGAGGGAGGGAGGGAGGGAGAGAGAGAAGGGGAGAGGGGGGACGACCAGGGGACAAAUACGUGUGUGUCUGCUGCGCUUGGUGUGUGUGCUGCAUGUGCUACAUUUGCGGUAGUGGUAGUGGUCUUGAGUAUGGAGUCAGGGACGAGCUCAAUGAGGUCGCGAUGGAUGCAAACAUUGCCCUGAGCAGACACGCAGGCAAACAGGCAAGUGAUGCGGCGGCCGGAUCGUCAUCUGGUGCGCGGGAGAAGAGCUCACUGUGAUGCGAUCGAAGCCCGUCUGCCACGACCCGCGGAGAUGAUAGUUCCUGAACGAGUUCAUUCAUGGGCGUGUAAAUGGACACAUUCAUGGCGCCCGACAUCAUGCGGCUCGCUCACCUCGGCUCUGCACCAUUCACACACACGUAGACAGAGGGAGAGAGAGAGAGGGAGACACGUAUGUGGUUUGGUGUGGAUAUGUGUGUGUGGUGUGUCGCACCCACCGGGCUCGGCCUUGACUUCGGUGAGUUUGUCUUUGGUGCUCAGCUUCCUCCCAUCGCCGUAGACUGACACAACACAACACGCCAGUCCCGUGUUUGCCGUCCCCCAUCUCCACCCACUUAACUUACUACGCGUCAGGUUCGGGCACGAGUGGCUCAUCAUCGAGUUGCAGAACACACCGCCUGCGGCACACACAAACGAAUGCGGCCAACGUGGUGCGUUCAUUUACUUAUCAGAAAGCCCCCCGCUCCCCCACCCACCUUUGCGGCACUCGUAUGGAUUGCCGAGUGCAGGUGAGACGGCCCGUUUCGUGCUGGUGCUCCUCUUGAGCUCGCCUGCACGCGUCAUUCAAGACAGCAGGGGUGUUCUGCGUCCCCCUGUGCGUGUGAAUAUGCCAUGUUGAUGUACCGAGACCUGUCAGAUUGUUGUGCGAUGUCGGGUCUCCAUACGAGGACACUAACAGAGGUGACAUCCCUGUGUUCAACCAAAACCAAAGCCACAUUCGUCUGUGGUGUGUGUGUGUGUGUGUGUUGUCGGUUCCGCCUCUCACUGAGCAGAGAUGUGUCAGCGUAGAUGCCACCGAAUAGGCCUGACAUACCGACGACCAGCCACACACACAUCGAUCCAUUCAUCCAUCCAUCCAUCCAUGUGUGUAGUGUGUUGGGUUGCCUGUGUGCGAUGAGCCGCCACCAUACGACGAUGACGUGACUGAAAGACAGAGAGGUGACACCCAUCCAUUCCAUUAGACUUCCAUUAGUCCAUCCAUCACUUUGGCUGCUGGCAUCUGUGUGUGUGUGUGUGUGAGGUGCUGGUACAGUACUGAUGGCUCACCGAUUUUUCCUCUGAUCAUCAGUGUUCUGUAGAGCUCGCCGACGGCGUCGAAGUGGAUCUCCUGGGUCUGGUCGCGGCUCCCCAUCCAAUCGGCGAUGGCCGUCAAGGCCUUCUCCAUGGCCGACUACCAAGCGAAAUGCCAAGAGAGACACAUAUGUGCGUGUGCGGUACGGUGCGGUGCGAUGUGGUGGGGAUGCACUCACCUUCGUGUCGAACUUGAGCUGGAGUUUUGGGAUGCUUUUGGGCUUAGUGUCCAGAGUGAGAACUCUGCAAGCAUGUCAACAUCCAUCCAUCAACGAGUGUGUGGCUCCCCCCCUCCCUCCCUCCCUCCCUCCCUCCCUCCCAUCUGUUCGUUGUCUGUGUAUUACUUGAAGCUUUCGUCGUACAGCAAGUUGGUGAUCUUUGAGAACUUGAACUCGAAGUUGGCUGCGAGAAGGAACGGGCAUGUGAGUGCGGUUGGUAGGUCAUGUGCCCAGCCUACCAAUGUGUUGGCGUUCCGUACUCUGGAUCUCGUAUGCGUAGAAGACGAAUCUGUCGUCGCACACUUCGAAGAUCCCCUGCAGUGCAUUGCAAGGACAUGCACACACAAAGGCAUGAGUACACGCAUGGCUGCAUGUGAGGCUGUCUUCUCCACUUUCCUCACCUCCGUCCAUUUGUCGAGUACGGUGAGGCCCUUGCCCCACUUGCCCCCAAUCUCCCGACCAGUGCAAGCGCUGCAGACAAGGGCAAAGGUCAACGAUGGGUGCGUGUCGUGUGUGCAUCGGGGACUUAUCAAAAUUUGCCUACAAGAAGGUCUCCUUCUCCGGCUUGACUGACACAUACAACGAGGAACACACCCUCAUCCCACGCUGUAUGUAGUUCUCCUGGUCUAUACGUACGUUUCUGUCCCGUCUUGACGCCCAUACUGUCAGAGCAGGGCAUCGACAUGCCAACAGCAGCACCUGCAGGUAAGGAACUAGCAACCAUCACGCACGUAGCCAUGGCGCCUUUCCUGUUGCAUCGUUACUCACCGUCACGAGUCUCCUCUUCCACCGAAUCCAACGCUGACAAGUCCAAACAAACCACCACGCGCACACACACACACACACACACACAGAUCCCCAUCCACACACACACCAUCAUGCCUUGUUGUGUCUUCCCCGCCCAUCCGCACCGCGAGUUUUGCCCUCCGAGUCGGCCUUCGGCUCUGCGGUCACGUGCUCUCUCUGGAGCCCCUCCUCGAGGCCCGUGCCUACAUCGAUGAUGAGAGCUCCAUCCAUCCAUCCAUCCUCAUUUGCAAAGGCCGCCUCCUCAUCCAUCCACCCUCCAACCCACCCACCAGCCAUGCAUUCAUAUCCCACCCGUCAUGCUCUCACCCUUGGACGGAUCAGCCGGGGAGGUCAUCCAGGCGGUGUCAACAGACGAGAGAGAUGCCAGGCCUUGAGAAGACGAGAUGUGAUGGCUCGUGAGAAGAUCGUGAGAAUUUCUGCCUUCUCCCGAAGAACGCUUUUGAACCGAAGAACGCU